AUGAGCGAUAAAAUGAAUGCAAGAAGACAGUAUAGGUCAGUCCAAUUUUCUUUUCCAAAAAAAAAAUUUAUUUCCUCUCGUAAAAAAAUUUUAUUUGUGAGAAAAAUUUCUCCAACGUGAACUAAUUUUUUUCUCAAAAAAAAACCAAAAACAAAUUCGAAUCCACAUCAUUUUGAAAAAUGGUGAUUUGUGGAAAAUUGGCAAGUGUUCAAGUUGUUAUCAGAAGUCCAAUUAGAUUAAUUAGAAGAGAUUCGGAUUUUAAGAGAAAUACUAGUAGUAAUAUUUGUUGUAGAAGGUGAGUUAUGUUGGAAAAUUUGAGUUUUCUCAAGUCAGAGGUGAGAAAGGUAGAGUUGAAGUGAGGGUUGAGAUGCAGAGUUUAAACGAGGUUAGAGACGCAGAGUUGAAAGGUCAGAGACGCAUCGAGGUUAGGGACGCAGAGGUGGAAAGAGGUUAGAGACGGAGAGUUGAAGAGAAAUUAAAGAAGCAGAGUUGCGAAGAUUAGAGAGGCAGAGUUGAAAAGAUCAGAGACGCAUCGAGGUUAGAGACGCAGAGUGGAAACGAGGUUAGAGACGGAGAGUUGAAGAGAAAUUUGGGAAUCAGAGUUGGAAAGAGGUUAGAGAUGCAGAGUUUAAACGAGGUUAGAGAGGUAGAGCUGAAAAAGUUAGAGAAGCAGAGAGUUGAAAAGGUCAGAGACGCAUCGAGGUUAGGGACGCAGAUCUUGAACGAGAUUAGAGAGGCAGAGUUGAAGAGAUCAGAGACGCAUCGAGGUUAGGGACGUAGAGUUGGAAAGAGGUUAGAGACGAAGAGGAAUUAAAGAAGCAGAGUUGCGAAGGUUAGAGACGCAGAGUUGCACUGUACUUGGGAAAAGUAGAAUUUGAAUUUCUGUUGCCAAAUUCUUCUGACCAAGAAAAUCUGAAAAAUUUAUCAAUUUCAAAGCUCUUCCCGAAUUUUCCUGGAUUUUCCUGGAUAUUCUUGAGGAUUCCCCAAACUCCGAUUCUAUGUAGAAAUCCAAUUUUCCCUCCCAAAAUGUCCCAAUUUUGCAGAUCAGUCGCAUUUGGAACAUGGCAAGUGGGCGGAGCUCGAAAUCUAACCGAACGACGUUCCGAAGAACCAACAUCGAGAUUAAAAUGGUUAGUUGAUCCACUUUUUUUUCAUCCAAUUAGUACUCCUCUUUUUUUUGUUUUGGGCGGUCUCUGGGGAUAUGUAGAAGAGAGAAAAUAGGUAAUUGUAUGCUAAAAACCAGACCACUCACCUCAGCGAAUUGGAAUAUGCCAUUUACUAAUUGUUGUAUAGCUUUUCUUUUUUUUUUCGCGACUUUUUUCAACUCAAAUCGGUUUGUUGCUGUACUUUUUGCUAUUUUUGAAUGACAGCUAUUCAAAUAUUUGAAACUUUUUGAAUUGACUUCCGAUUUUUCGUGUAUAAUUUUUUUUGGAAAAUUUUGAAAGCCACGUUUUUGGCUGAAAAUAUAGAAAUGAAAUGAAAAAUAUGUCACGCGAUAUUUUUUUUGGAAAUUUCACAAGCUCCUGAAAUUGGAAGAAUUUUUAAAAUUUGUCAAAAUCUUAAUUUAGGAUAAUUUUUUUUAGAAUUAGUAGGGCCCUUUUUAUAAAGCUCAUUUCAGAAAAAAUCUAGGAUGGUCGAGGCCCAAUUGUCACAAUUCCAAGGUAGUUUUUGAACACUUGUAGACCAGCUGUGGAAUAUGAAAAUCUAUGUCUGUCAAAAUUAGUUUUCCGAGUUUUUCAGGUCAAAAAUGAUGAAAAAUCGAGAUUUUUGAAGUUUCUGGAGUGAUUUCUGAUGAAAAUAAGUUUCGAGAACCCUAUUUCACCUGAUUUUAUUGAUUUUUUCGAAAUUCAUCAAAAUUUAAAUUUUUACGAAAAAUCAGCAAAAACUUCUGAAUGCCGAUUUUCAUCAGAAAUCACUCCAGAAGCUUCAAAAAUAUCGAUUUGUCAUCAUUUUUGGCUGAAAAACUUUUUUCGACAUUUUUUGAAUUUUCCUGAAUCAGCCCUAAUCAGAUUCCAAAGGUACUGUAGAAAAUUGUGCCAAAAAGUUCCAAAAAAUUGGAUCACCCGGGUUACUGUGGAAAAAAGCAUUCUUCUAGUCUGGAAUUUUGUGCUGAAAAUCAAUAUUUUCAUGAUUUUUAGCACAAAAUUUCGGGGUUUUCUACAGUACCUUAGUCCAAGGAAUAUGAAAAUCUUUGGAAUUUUUUCUGAACGCUCUGUGAAUUUCAGGUCAUCUGAAAAAUGCUCUGAAAUCUUAUUCCACAUCCAAAAUCAGGUCAGCCGAUUUUCGAAUUCAAAUCCAAACCAAAAAUAUUUUUGAAUAGACAUAGACCACCCAUUAAAAGGUCAACGAUUUCGAAAAUCUCAUAAAAUGUUUUUGUGGCUUUUUUUGGAUCUAACCUUGAUUGUAUGUAUACCUUUUCCCUUUUACUGUGAGAAUGAUGAUUUGAAUUUAUUUAUGAAAAUGAAAAUACCAGCAUUUUCGAGGUCGCUUGUUUUGUUUCUACACAUUUUCACUUUCAUAUUACUUUCGAAUUAUGAAUAUAUGUAUUUGAAACAGGAAAUUUUUGCUUGCUCGAAUAUUUUUAUUGUGAGCACACACAAAACUAUAAAAAGGCAAUUUGAUCGUUUUCAAAAACAAACAAAAAAUGCCCUUUUUUUUGCUUGGUUUUGAAUUUCAUUUGAUUUUUUUGUAGUUAGAAAAAAUUUGUUUCUACUGAACAAUUUUUGCUGCUUGCGUUUCGAUAAAUCCCCCAAAAUAUUCUAGUUUCAUUCAACGAUUUAUUGGCGAGAAAAGAGAAAUCAAGUCAUUUGCUGUCUUUUUUGUAUAUUUAUUUAUUUGCAUUUCAAUUUUCGUUCCUUUUGUAUUUUAUUUGGAAUGGGAAUGUGAAUGUGUUGGCUUGAAACUUGUCACAUUUUUUUUUGUGAUUCUGAUGCAUUUUUGUUUGAUAGAAUAUAAACAAAGAGAAUUUUCCUUUGUUUUGUGAAGAGAUAAUUUGAGCUAAUUUAGAAAAUGUACUUCUCAAAAAUUCUUUAAUUUAUUUUUGAAAGGGUUUUUGGGGGCUUGGAAUUUAUUUCUAAAAAAAAUUUAUAGGUCCAAGUGAGCAAGUUUUAGAGCUCCAAAAAUCGGACGAAAAAAAGUUCCGCUAAAUUUUGAGCCUGAAUUUGAUUUGUUCUAAUUACAUGAAAAAAUCAAUAUUAAAAUUUCAUUUAAAUUUUCUUGAGCAAACAUUUUUUAACAUAAUCAGAAGCUAUUUUUUGAAAAAACAUUUUUUGGGCGAAAUUCUUGAAGACUUUCUGUAACUUGACUUUAGAUUUUAAAUUUUGAAACUAAUUUCCAUCCGGUUUUUUCAAAAUAGAAAGUUCCCCUUUAAUUUUCCGAAUCGAAACAAAAAAAAGUUAAUUCAAGCUAAUUUGAAUGAAUUAAAAAUCAAUUUUUCAUCCUCAUUUUUCAUUUUCCAAAAAUACCGGAACUGAAGGCUUGAUCAGAAAAAGUUCCGCUAACUUUUGAGCCCAAAUUUGGUCUGGUUAAUUUUUAAAAAGUAGGGGAAGUUGGAGCUUUUUUUCCAGAAAUCGUAGCUCAAAAAUUUUCAGAAAAUACAUUUUUACCCGAAAUUUUCAACUUUCGAGCCCUAAAAUUUGACCAAUUUUCAUCCGGUUUUUUUUUCAAACUAAAAAAGUUUCCCUUUCCUUUUUCGAAUCCAAAACAAAAAAAAUAAAACUGAAGGCUUGAUCAGAAAAGUUUCGCUAACUUUCGAGCCCAAAUUUGGUCUGGUUAAUUUUUGAAAAGGAUAAGUUGGAGCUUUUUUUUCCAGAAAUCGUGUCUCAAAAAGUUUCUGAAAAUAGAUUUUAACGCGAAAUUUUCAACUCUAAAAUUUGACCAAUUUUAAUUUUUUUCAAACUAAAAAAGUUCCUCUUUCCAUCCGAAACAAAAAAAAUAAUUCGAGCUAAUUUGAAUGAAUUUUCCAAAAAUAAAUUUUUCCCAUUCUUUCGUCAAGUAUUCAAAAAAGUUAUUAUAACUAUCCAGUAUCUAUUUCCUCGAUCUCAAUUUGCUCCUUCUUCCUCUUUUUCCUCUUCCAAAAUGUCUUCUCAACCAUAAAAUAUUCGGUUUUCAACUGCUUCGACAUAUGUUUGUUAUAAUAAUAAUAACCAAAUAAAUAAAUAAAUCUUUGAACCCCAAAAAGGCGAAAAAGAGGAGCGAUUUGUGUUUAUUUUUGGAAUUUUCUUGCUUCUGUUCACUUUUUGUUUAUUUUUGUUCCUUUUUUCUUGGAAUUUAGUUCAACUCGGAAAAUUUUCUCUGGACAAAAAUCAUCUAUUUUUUGCUCAUGCAACCAACAGUUGCUCAUAUCAAGUUGGACUCGGCGGGCGUUUUUUUUGUGUGUGAAAACGCUGAGCUCAAGAAUUAUAUUUUUGAGAUUUUUGAACUCGAAAAAAAAAUUUUGUUGUUUGACGUAAGAAGUUUUUCAGCAAGAUACAAUUUCAUGAUGUUUUUUUUGUUGGAAAAAAAUUGUUGUUGUUUUUUCCGGAAACAUUUUAGUUCGCUCAUUUUUUUGACCAGAAAUAUAUACAUUUACUCUAUAACAGUGUCUAGUCGUCUGGACUCUCUCAGCUCCUCUGCGUCUCUAACCUUACUGAUGAAUCCUCCUAGUUCAAUUAAUUUUGUAAAACUUCUGUGAGUGCCACGUGGAUUUUUCAAAUGAAAAAAUUCCCACGCUCUCUAGCCGUCUGAACUCUCUCAUAUUUGUGUUUAUAUUAGCUAGCUGUAUUGGUUUCUCUAGCUCUUCUGCGUCUCUAACCUUACUGAUGAGUCCCCCUGGUUCAAUUAAUUUUCAAAAAACGUAGAUUUUUUGGUGCCACGUGGAUUUUUCAAAUGAAAAAAUUCCCAUGCUCUAUAAUUCUCUCUAGCCGUCUGAACUCUCUCUCUCUCUCACAUUCACAUAUUCUCUAACUGCAUAGGUUUCUCUAGCUCCUCUACGUCUCUAACCUUCCUGAUGAAUCCUCCUAGUUCAAUUACUUUUGUAAAACUUUGUGAGUGCCACGUGAAUUUUUCAAAUCAAAAUUCCCUUGCUCUAUAAUUCUCUCUAGCCGUCUGAGCUCUCUCACAUUUACAUUACCUCUAACUGCAUUGGUUUCUCUAGCUCCUCUGCGUCUCUAACCUUACUGAUAAAUUGUAGUUACAAAGCUAUAAAACCCACGUGGCGAAAAUUGGUGCCACGUGGAAUUUUUUGGACUCAAAAUUCGAAAAAUUCGGCAUCAGCUCAAAGGUUUUCUGAACUUUUUUUUUCGAAAAAAAAAAAUCCACGCCAAUUUUUUAUUUUUCAAAAUUAACAACGUGGAUUCGCAAAAAUUCAACCACGUGGCAAAAUUAAUUUUCAGCACCGGCUUUUCCUGAAAAUCUAGGCUGCAAAUUUGCCACGUGGAUUUUUUUCUUUCAAUUUUUAUCUAGUUAGCCUAACUUGAAAUAGUUCCGCCAUGUGAAAUCCAGCUGUGUUCAAUCUUUUGAUCUCCGGAUUUAUUAGCAUAAUUUUUUUCGAUUUAAAAUCAAACCAUGCCUAAACUUGAGACCAGUGACCAAUCCCAUAAAGUGCUUAUUCCUUUCAUUUUUUUCGUCGCGUCAAGUGGGCAUUUUCUUGUUUUUUCUGCUUUUCUGUAUCACGUUAUCGGCUCAAAAGACCGCGCAGCAGCAUAUAAAUUAUUUGCUUUUCUCCUGCCUUUUCCGGUCGUUUUUCUGACAGCCUUAAGGCUUUCUUCCUCCUUCCAACCAGAUGUGUUGAUGUCGUGAAUUUGGUACCUGUCUGAACAUGUGUUUUUAUCAUCUGUUCACGUUGAUUUUUAUGUAUUUUGUUCUUUUUUUACUUUGACGAGUGGUCUUUUCUUGUUUUCAGAAAUGAAAUCAGAUGUUUUUCAGCUUUUACCUGAAAUCGAAUGUAUCAUCUUUUAUUUUUCCCAGAAACAAAACAUUUUUUCAAUCGAUUUCCAGUUUUUUCAGAAUUUUUUCUUCCAACAUUCAAUUUUCGCCUUUUUGAGAAGCCAUAAAAAUAAUUACAUGGCAAAAACGAAUGUUUACUUUGAACAUUUUUUUUUGAAAAUUGCAAAAAAGAUGGUCAUUUUUCAAUUUUCGCACAUGUGUCAAAUAAGAGAGAAACUUUUUUUUUGGAAAAUAUUUUUUGAUCUACUUUUUGGGUCGUUUUGCAGUUUGAUUUUUAAUCUUUUAGUUAUUUUUAAAGUCAGAAUUGAUGACAAAUUGAGAUUUUUGAAGUUUCUGGAGUGAUUUCUGAUGAAAAUUGACCUUCAGAAGUUUUUGCUGAUUUUUCUUGAAAUAAAAAAAUUAAAACUUGUUCUCGAAGCUUAUUUUCAUUAGAAAUCACUCCAGAAGCUUCAAAAAUAUCGAUUUGUCAUCAUUUUUUGACUGAAAAUUUCGAAACAAUGUUUUUUCGACAUUUUUUGACUUUUCGUGAAUUGAACUUCCGAUGUUAAAAAAUAAGUUACAUUUUUUUUUCGUUCGUGAAUCAGCCCUGGUCAAAUUUGGUGGCGUACUGUACUGUAGAUUAAUUUGUCUGCAAACACCACACACCUCUUAUUUCAUGAUACUUAUAUUGUUUUCGAAAACUAGCUUCAGGACCAGAAUUAACUUCUGUUUUCCAAUAAAAACCAAUAUACAUUUUUGCAGCUCUUCUCCCGAUCUUCACAAUCACAUCAACAAUCUCCUCUCAAUCGAGAAACGAAUCAGUCGAUUAGGUGAAAGCAGCCCGAACUUGUCGAAACUUCAUCAUACACACACGCAAUUGUCAUUAGGUGAGUUUGGUUUUGGGCUCACGGUACUUCAGAAUUUUUGUUCUGAAAUUGAAGAAGAUCCAAUUCAAACAUCCAUAAAAUCAGUAAAAACUUUAUGUGAGACCAAAAAUCUCUUUAGAAAAAAAAAUCAAAUUAAAAAUUUAUGACAAUCUGAAUCUGCAUUUGAAGUUUUCCUUCUAUUUUUUUCUAGUUCCUCCUUGAUUUUCCACCAGUUUUUUUUCUUUUUUUUCAAAUUAUAAAUGAACUUUUAUCAUGUCAAAAGUCAUCAGUCAGUCAGAAAUUAAUCACAGUCGGUGAACAUCAAAGAUAUUUCAAAAAUGUCACUAAUUUUUUGUGUAAAUAAUGACUUGGACUAUAUUUUUGAGGAAUGUUUUUGAUGUUUGCAAAAAUUUGCAGGAUUACCCAACAAAAUGUCGACAUCGAAUUCGGCGGCUGCACACGAUUUCUUCUCAAGUACGGAAUAUUGUCAAUACCAAACGAGUCGCGAUGAUAUUGGUUAGUUUUGUUUUAUUUUUUGGGGAGGCUUUUGAAAAUUUUCGAAGUUGAAGUUCUAGAAAUUUUAAGUUUGGUGGAUCAGGGAAUUUUUCGUGCAUUUUUCAGAGUUUUGAAAAAAUUUCCAACGCGCCUUGAGAUAUUCUAUGGCAAGUAGCCGAGCCUAGAGAACUUAAACGUCUAGGACCGGCGUCUAGCCAUUAACUCUGGCAAGAAGCAGCGCCUUGAGAGAAUCUAUGCCAAGUAGCCGAGCCUAGAGAACCUAAUCGUCUAGGACUCGCUUCUAGCCAUGCACUCUGGCGUGAAGCCGCGCCUUGAAAGCUUCUAUGUCAAGUUGCCAAGCCUAGAGAGCCCAAUUGUCUAGAACCCGCGUCUAGGGAGACACUUUGGCAAGAAGCCGCACCUUUAGAGAUUGUAUGUCAAGUAGCCGAGCCUAGAAAACCUAAUUUUCUAGGACCGGCACCUAGAGAUCCACUCUGCCAAGAUGCCGCGCCUUGAGAGAUUCCAUGUCAAUCAGCCGAGCCUAGAAAACCUAAUUGCCUAGGAGCGGCGUCUAGAAUUCCACUCUCACAAGGAGCCGCACCUUGAGAGUCCAUAUGCCAAGUAGUCAAGUCGAGAAAUCCUGGUUGCCACGUAGCUGCACCUAGAGAACUCAAUUGUCUAGGGUCCGCGCCUAAAAAGUCUAGUUCUCAAGUAGCCUCGUCAAAAAAAAUAAUUUUCAUCAAUUUUUUCUCAUUACCCCAUCCAUUGCUAAAAAAAACGGAAAAAUUCAAUUAUUUUUCAUUCUCGCAAUUAAAUUUUCAUUUCUCAUCAUAACAUUUUUUCCAACAUUUUUUUGUAUGAGAAGUUCAUUUCCACUUGACUCAAACGCCUAUAAGAUGAAGAAGCAGCGACGAAAAAAACCAAAGAAAACAAAUAAUUUGGUCGGCUUAUCGUGUGACCCCCCUGUCAUUUAGAUACAUAAUAAUUUGUUUUAGAAAAACCCCCCAACGGCUUUUUCUUUUUCUUUUUUUUGUUUAUUUGAAAAGCAGCAAAAAACUUGUGAUAAGUGGGGAGCAAAAGAGUACUGUAUCCAAAAAAUUUUUUUGGAGAAAACAUGACGUGGGAAAAUGAUAUAAAAUGAAUAUAAAAGGCCAAAAUUAUGCUUAUUUUCUCUUUCCUUUUUUUUCUUUUGUGACAUUUUUUGACGAUUUUUUUCCAACUGACUCUUCUGGAUUCAGAGCUGAAAACCCAGGCUUCAGCUUGGCCGCUUAGGCUCGGACUUUUAGGCUUCUGGACUUGGGCCAAGGUUUUUUCGCCCCAACUUGUUUCUCUCUCGCUCUAUUUGCACAAAUAGCUAAGAAACAUUGGAAAACAAUUUGCGCCCCACAGUUUUUUUUUCUCAUUUUCGGCCUGUAUCUGUACAAUUUCCAGUUUUCGCUCCGUUUUUUUUGUUGUUGGCUUACUUUGACCAUAUUUGUUGUACACACAUUUUUUUUUGGCGGAUUAACGGAUCAAGAUAUUCUGGUCUUUCGCUCUGCAGUGUUUUUUUCUCGCGCGCGCUGUGUCAAAUUCAAUUUUCGACAUCUCUGCUUUUAUAGAAAAAGCAGAUUUUGAUGACGUAUUCAUGUAGUUUUUUUUGCUGGAAAAGUUUUGCCAAGUAGCCGAGCCUUGAGAACAUAAUUAUCUUGGAGAGGCGCCUAGAGAUUCUCUUUGGCAAGUAGCCGCGCCUACAGAACACACUUCUCUCGAUCAGACACCUAGAGGUCCACUGCCGCAAAGAGUCGCACCUUGGGAGGUUAUAUGCCAAGUAGUCGCGACCUGAGAGCGUAUAUGCUGAGUAGCCGUGCCUAGUUAUCCUAGUUCUCAAGUAUCCGAUCCUAGAGAACAGACUUGUCUCGAUCAGGUGCCUAGAGAUCCACUUUCACAAGGAGUCGCGCCUUGAGAACCUAGUUAUCAAGUAGCCGAGCCUAGAGAACCUAGUUAUCAAGUAGCCGAGCCUAGAGAACCUAAUUGUCUAGUACCAGCUCCUAGCCAUUCACUCUGACAAGAAGCCGCACCUUGAGAGAUCUCAUGCCAAGCAACCGCGCCUAGAUACCAUCAUUCUCAAGCAGCCGCGCCUAGAGAGCAAACUUGUCUGGGGCCAUCGCCUAGAGAUCCACUUUCACAAGUAGCCGCACCUUCAGAGAUCUCAUGCCAAGCAACCGCGCCUAGAAGUCCUAUUUGUCAAGUAGCUGGGCCUAGAGUCUAAAUUUCAAUUUUUCCUAGAAUUAUUUUUGGAUUUGAGGCCAAUAAAUUUUCAAAAAUAGUUUUAUUCAGAUUCUAGACUGUAGUUUAUCCAUCCAAAUUUUUCGUUCAUAGGACCUAAAUGAUCCAUUAAAAAAUUGGAUCAUCUUUGAAAUUUUCUCAAAAUUUUGGUCCGAUUUUGUAUCAAAAUAUGUGUUUUUUCCCGAAAAACGCAACAUUUUUUGAAAAAAACAGGUUCUUUAGUUCAAACAUUGGGUUUCGAACAACAAUUCUCCUGAAAUAACUUUUUCUUUGCUCAACCCGAUACAAAAAACAUUUUAAUCCGAAACUCUAAUAAAACCCAACCAGUUGUUGAUUAUUAUCAUCACGUUGUACUUAGUUUUCUUCUCUUUCUUUUUUCGUCCCACCGAUAUUUACCUAUCAACUUGAGAUACCAAUUUGCCCCACCUUUUUUUCUUCUCUUGGAAGCACAUUGUUAUCUCUACUAUACUAGUUAGAAUUUUCGAAUUUCCCGUGUGUCGAGCCAAAAUUAUUGUCCUCAAAACAAUUGUCAUGUUUAUUAUUCUAUCGCUAAUUGACUUAUGGUCAUGGCUUGUUACUUUUAAGGACAUUUCUUUGACGCUAUUUCGACAACAAGGUUUGUGAUUGGGAUUUAAGAUGCAUCUUCUUAACAGUUGGAUUUUCUAGGCGCUAAUCCUUGACAAAUAUUAUUUCUAGGCGCGUCGCCUUGACAGAGUGAAUCUCUAGAUGCGGGUCCUAUACAAUAAAUGUUCUGUAGGCUCGGCUGCUAGGUUUUCACGACGCGGUUACUUGAAGCUCUCGGUCGCUGCUCCUUGCCAUAGUGAAUCUCUAGGCGCUCAUCCUUGACAACUAGGCUUUCUAGGCUUGGCUAUUUGACAAACUAGCUCUGAAGGGGCAUCCACCAGUCAAAAAUUAAUUCUCGGAUUGUGAAAUUUUUUGAAAACAUUUUUUUUCAGAAAUUAAUUUUCGUGUGUGAGAAAAAAAUGAGACAAAAUAUAUUUAUUUUUUCAAACAAAAAUUGUUGGGACCUUUUUUCAAUUUUAUCCCUCGUUUUUUUCGUUUCAUAAAUUUUGUGUGUGUAUCUGUUGGCCACAAAUAUCACAGGGCACCUGUUCGAAUCACGAAAUUUACUAUAGUUUUUUUUUUCGCCCCGCUCGCUAUCUUUUCAAAAAUAAUCACAACAGUUGACCUCGGUGUUCCUCCCCGGAUUUUUUUCGAGAAACGAAAAUAGAGCAAGCCAACAUGGUUUAUGAAUUGAGUUUUCUAGUUUGCGCGGAUUCAGGUUUGUUAUGACGGGGGAGAGGGGAUUUUUGAAGAUCUGAAACAGGGCCGAGAGAUCAGACUUAUUUUGGACUGCUCAAAUUGCCUAAAGCCUGAGCCCGGAAGCUUCAGAAAAUGUAUCCAGUUUUUCAGACCCGAAUCAGAAUCUUAUUGAACAAAAUCCAAAAUGUUCCAGGCUCCUAAAAUCCAAGUUUGGUUAUGCUAAGGUCCGUAAAGCCCAACCAGAAUUAGGGUCUGGGGAAACCGAAAGUAGGCUUAACAUUAAGCCUAACCGAAAAUCCUGGCUCACGAUUAGGCUUCUCUAAAACUUUAGGCUUAGCUAAUUUUUUAGGCCUUAGGCUUUUCCAAAACUUUAGGCUUAGGCUUACAAUUAGAAAAAUGGUUAAGCUUAGCUGAAUUUUAAAGCCUUAGGCUUGGCCAAAACUUUAGGCCUAGACAUCACUAAAAUCCCUGGCUAGGCUUUAGGCUUUUCCAAAACUUUAGGCUUAGGCUUGGCCAAAAUGUUAGGCUAAGGUUUAACCAAAGUCUGAAACCUUGUGCUCGACUAAAAUUUCAGUUAGCGAAAUUUCAGGAUUUUUGGCAUCCCUGAAAAAAUUUUCAUAUGAAAUCGAUAUAUAAAUUCAUCUCAUAUAAGUAAUUUAUUAUUCCAUCCCCAAAAUAAUUUUGGCUAAUAUUUUAUUCUCGUUCGGAAAAAUGAAAAGACGAGACUAUUUCAUCUCUCUCUCAUUUUACGGCCUAUUUAGCAUGAAUAAAAAGAGGUUAGUACAUAGUAUGAUUUCGCUUUUUUUGGGGCGAAGAAGAGGCCGUGUAUUAUAUAUUUUUGUUUAUUUUUUGUCUCUUCAUCUUCACAAUCUUGUGAAAAAUAAAUGAAAUUCGAGAAAUUACAUUUCCUGAAUGGGAAGAAAAUGUUUUUAGGUCCCCCUUUUUCUCCAUGAAUUUUAAAUUUCCUCCUUUGCUUUCUGAAAUUUAUUUUUGUAUGUGAAAAACAAAGACACUUGUGGUUGUGUUUUCGACGAAAAUAAAGUGCUUGAAAAAUCUCAUUUCACACUAAAAUGUACAAUUUUUCCCGCAAUUUUUCUCGAAUUUUGCAGAUUCGUUCAACGGAAAUUCGAAACAACUCCUUCAAUCCGAGCCAAUCCAAGCGGCUUUUCGAAAAUCACGAAAAGAUGAUAGUAGAUUAGACGAAACGACAACAACUCCGACAUCGACGAAAAGAAAUUUGAAAUAUUCGCAAAGUUCGAGACGAAAAUUGGAAACAUCGGCACAGAAACAGGAACAACAAGCACAUCAUAGGUUUGGGUUUUUUUCAAAUUGAAAUUAGCUAAAAUCAAGGUUCUCAAGCAGGCGCGCCUAGAUAUCAAGGUUCUCAAGCAGCCGCGCCUAGAGAGCCUUCUUGUCUAACAUUGGGGCCUAUAAGUGCAUUAUGGCAAGCAGUCGCGCCUAGAGAUCGAGGUUCUCAAGAAGCCGCGCCUAGAGAGCCUUCUUGUCUAACAUUGGGGCCUAUAAGUGCAUUAUGGCAAGCAGUCGCGCCUAGAGAUCGAGGUUCUCAAGAAGCCGCGCCUAGAGAGCCUUCUUGUCUAACAUUGGGGCCUAUAAGUGCAUUAUGGCAAGCAGUCGCGCCUAGAGAUCGAGGUUCUCAAGAAGCCGCGCCUAGAGAGCCUUCUUGUCUAACCCUGGGGCCUAUAAGUGCAUUAUGGCAAGCAGUCGCGCCUAGAGAUCGAGGUUCUCAAGAAGCCGCGCCUAGAGAGCCUUCUUGUCUAACCCUGGGGCCUAUAAGUGCAUUAUGGCAAGCAGUCGCGCCUAGAGAUCGAGGUUCUCAAGAAGCCGCGCCGUGAGAUCAAGGUUCUCAAGAAGCCGCGCCCAGAGAGCAAGGUUUUCAAGGAACCGCGCCUAGAGAUCGAGAUUCUCAAGCAGCCGCGCCUAGACAGUCUGAUUGUAAGAAAGUUGCGUCUAGGAAGCGAUAGCUAGCUUUUUAAGAAAUUUAUAAACUCCUGGCGACCCGAAAAUUAGUUAUGACGUGGCAUUUAAGAAUGUUGAAAAAACCAAAAAAGUUGUCAAAGUUGUACCUGAAAAACAGUAUUCUAAAAGUCGUGCCACGUCAUAACUAUUUUUCCACUUCUCUAGAAUUCCUAGAAUAAUUAUCAACAGACAAAAACAGAAAAAAAUCUCAAAAAUGUAUUUUUUCCGAUCUUGAUGAAUUUUUCAUCUAAAACCACUAAUUAUUCUCGUCUCUGCACAAUUUUUCACUCCAUUUUUUUCCCUGUUUUCUCCUAUUGAUUUCACAGUGUAAAAGAAUUUUGACCACUUGUUUUUUCUGUUUUUUUUUCUACGGAAAAGUGCAGCAUUUUUCACUUGUUUUUGAAACCCGAAACUAUUAUCGAAUUUCAUUUUUUUUUUCUUCUUGACGUGCAAAAGUGCAAAAAUGUUUUAUUUUUUGUGUGGCGCCAGCCAGAAGUUUUUUUUGUCUGAAAAAAAGAGAAAAUUAGGAACUGAUAACGAAAUUGUGGCAUCAUUUUUUGUUUGUGAGCUAAUUAUUAUUUAAAAAAAUUUGAAAUGAAGUUGAAAAGGUUAGUUCUGGCGCGGUUACUUGAGAACUUGAUUGCCUAGGCGUGGCUGCUUGGAAUAGGAGCUCUCAAAGCGCGGCUCCUUGUCAGAGUUGAUCUCUCGAUGUGGCGCCUUGAAAAUUUGUUCUGUAGGCGCGGCUGCUUGGCAUAGGAGCUCUCAAGGUACUGCUCCUUGUCAGAGUUGAAUUCUAGAAGCCGAUCCUUGAAAAUUGAUAUUUCUAGACGCGGCUACUUGGUGUAGAGUUUCUGAAGGCGCUGCUUCUUGUCAGAGUUGAUCUCUCGAUGCGGCUCCUUGAAAAUUCGGUUCUUAAGGCGAGCUUACUUGAGAACUAGGGUCUCAAGGCGCUGCCUCUUGCCAGAGUGGAAAUCUAGACACCGUUUCGAGACAAUAAGAUUCUUUAGGCGCGCUUGCUUGAUAACGAGGUUGUCUAGGCGCGGCUGCUUGGAAUAGGAGCUCUCAAGGUGCUGCCUCUUGUCAGAGUUGAAGUCUAGACGCCGUUCCUAGACUAUCAGGUUCUGUAGGAGCGGCUACUAGACAUAGAAGCUCUAGGGACACUAAUAAAAUUAAUGUGUUAAAAAUUUUCCAAAAAAUAUUUUCCAGAUCCCACAGCGCUGGUCCACACACUGCUUAUUCAACAAACUCGAAUCUCUGUGCCUCAACAUCCGAAAUGAACCGAUUAACCACCACCAACAACGCCACCACCAACACCAAAUUCCUGCGAGCCACCAAAAGAUUUUUCAAAAAAAUCUACUCGUCAGCAACGUUGCCCAAAAAACAAACGAGCACAUCGGUGGAGAAUUUUCAAAAAUCCAGUGUGUUUUUUGAUGAAAGAAAAUGUAUCCCGGUACAACCGGAAGCCGAAGAAGAUGAUGAGAAAAGUUAUCGAACCCGUGAAGAUGAUUAUGAUGAUGAUGAUGAUACGAUGAGAUCUGAAAAUGCUACAAUGGAUAUUAGUUAUCCGGAUAGUGGAUUUGAAAUGGAUCGGUUGGUUUUUUGGGGGCUGAAUUUUGUCGGGUCAGGCUUAGGCUUAGUUUUCUGCCAGAAAAUCUGACGUUUUUUGGCUGAGAGAAUUUCAAAAAAAUCUCAAAAUUAUCCAAAAUUCAUGGUUUUUGGUACCAAAUUUUCCGAAUUUUGGAUUAAAAAUGCAACGUGGCAGAAAAUAUUCAAAAGUUAUUUUUAUUAGCUCACAAUUUGAAAAAAAAAGUGAAAAUUUAAAAAACUCUGGUGAUCACAAAUUUCUGAUAAAACUUCAAUACUCAAAAUGAGUGACUUUUGAAACCUGAUUUUUAGGAUAUCUGAAUUUUGUCGGGCCAGGCUUAGGCUUAGUUUUCUGCCAGAAAAUCAGAUGUUUUUUGGCUGAAAUUCAGAUUUUUAAAAAUUUUGAAAGAAGCUGAAACUGAGUUUCAAAAUAAUUUUUCAAAAAUUUUUCCAAAAAAUCUGAAUCGCACUUUUUUCCAGAAUUUUUGUCUGAAAUUCAGAAUUUUAAAAGAAGCUGAAACCUAGUUUCAAAAUAAUUUUUCAAAAAUUUUCCAGAAAAUCUCUGAAUCGCACUUUUUUCCGGAAUUUUUGGUUGAAAUUCAGAUUUUUAAAAAUUUUGAAGAAUCUAGUUUCAAAAUAAUUUUUUAAAAUUUUCCCAGAAAAUCGCACUUUGCUCCGGAAUUUUUGUCUGAAAUUCAGAUUUUUAAAAAUUUUGAAAGAAGCUGAAACUGAGUUUCAAAAUAAUUUUUUUUUAGAAUUUUUCCAGAAAAUCUUUGAAUCCAGAAUUUUCAUCUGAAAUUCAGAAUUUCAAAGAUUUUGAAGAACUUAGUUUCAAAACAAUUUUUAAAAUUUUUUCCAGAAAAUUUCUGAAUUGCACUUUGCUCCAGAAUUUUUGGCUGAAAUUCAAAUUUUCCUGAUUUUUUCAAUACAAACCCCGGGAAAUAAUUCAAAUUUAAAUUCUAUUUUUUCCAGAGCUUCAACUCCUGAACAAUCAUCUGUUUCAAUGACUUCAACUUCGAAAAGUGAUGAAAAUUCACUUCCAAUGAAUUUCAACAAUCUUUUCGAGCAUUUGAAGAGAGAAAUGGUGAGCUCAGCUCUCCCAAAAUUUUCCAAACCCAUAAUUUUCCAGGCUGAAAUGCGUGAACGUGACGCGCAAAUUCUGGCCGAUCUACAACGUGUCGAAACGCAAAUCCAAACCGUAAAACAAGCGCAAAUUUUGGCGCAACUUCAAGAUGAAUUUGAACCCGUCGAAAGUAUGCAACUCUAA